UCUAUACUUUGGUACAUUUCCUCAAGUUUGUUCGCUCCUUCUCUCUAAACAACUCUGUCUCGUACAUCAGAGAAGAUCUUCGAGUUUUACUCAUGGCUUCCAAGCGGAUCUUGAAGGAGCUCAAGGAUCUCCAGAAAGAUCCUCCUACCUCUUGCAGUGCUGGUCCUGUGGACGAAGACAUGUUUCACUGGCAAGCCACCAUAAUGGGUCCAACAGAUAGUCCUUAUGCAGGGGGAGUAUUUCUAGUUACAAUUCACUUCCCUCCGGAUUAUCCAUUUAAACCACCAAAGGUUGCAUUUAGGACUAAGGUUUUUCAUCCAAAUAUUAACAGCAAUGGCAGUAUAUGUCUUGAUAUAUUAAAAGAACAGUGGAGCCCAGCCUUGACAAUAUCCAAGGUAUUGCUCUCAAUUUGUUCCCUCUUGACGGACCCAAACCCGGAUGAUCCACUGGUGCCAGAAAUUGCUCAUAUGUAUAAGACAGACCGGGCCAAGUACGAAUCAACUGCUAGGAGCUGGACCCAAAAAUAUGGCAUGGGCUAGGACAGUCUGUCAUAUCCUAUUUAUGUAUAAAUGAAAAAUGAAGUAUGAUCUGUUUUCUUAACUCUGUUAAUGGACAAGUGAAGAUUGGAUUUAUACAUUAUCACACACCAAACAAAAUGGCGUUUUAGCUUGUUUGUAUUAAAAUUGAUGUUUAGAACCAUGUAAUUGUAAGAUGGGUAGCUAAUGUUUGUUAAAUAUGCAACUGUUUGUUAAUCCUUAUAAUUUUAAAGUUCUGUGAAGUUUUGA